UACACUUAUUAUCUUAAAUUUUAAAAUACAUGAGGCCUUUAAAUACCCUUUAACGUUACCAAAUAUGCCAACACACUAUAUCUAUAUCUAUAUCCAUUAUUAUUCAUUACCGCAAUCUCCAAUUCCUCUCUUCUCUUCUCUGAUAUUUCUCAAUCUUCAAAUACAUACCAUGUUGGAUGUAACAUUGGAUUUGAUCAGUCAAACUGCUUCAAGCUCUCUAUUUGCCUUCUGUUUUUGCAAUUUGAUCAUAGUCAUCAUCCUUGUGGGGUCAAAACCAGUUAGCUCUGAGUUUGCUCAAAAACAAAGUCAUCAUGCUCCUCUCUCGUUGGUCUCCGUCCCCAACACAGUCACACAUGACAACGAGGUUGAAAAUGCCAAUGGUCUCCGAGAGGAGGAGAGGAAUGUGUUAGAGGUCAUUUGUGAACAAGUCUCAAAUGGGCAGAAAGAACUGGGUAAUGAAGAAAGCUUCGAUGAUCAUCGUGAUGAUGGUAAUGAUGAUAAUCAAGAUGAUGAUGAUGAUGAUGAGCAGCUGAGGAAAAGAGUGGAAGACUUUAUUCAGAAGGUAAACAGAGAAUGGAAAGAAGAACUGAUAAGAACUUCGCUAUGAAGCUGAAAGUUUUUUGCACAUAUGGGACUGAAUUGUAGCUGUUCUGAAUUGGGAAAUCUUCAUUUUUUUUGUUGUUUUUGUUUUAGGUCCUCAUAAAUUGUGAUGUUAUUAGAAUUUGGUUUAGAAAUGAUAGUAGUACCUCUCAAGUCAUGUUUGGCUAACUCUAUGUUUUUUUGAGGGUAACUAGCUGUGUUCAAAGAUGUAAGAAAUUUAAUUUAGUUGUUUAGUUAAAUUAAACAAAGGACACAACGUGCUGUUGAGUAGCUUCUUUUACUAUUAGAUUCCCCUUCACAUGGUUUAAGAGGGAAAAAGUAGAUGAUAUAGGCAGAAAAAAGAGCAUGUUUGGAAUAGAACAGCAUAGUACUACUAUGCCAUUUCAACUUUUCUC